UGCCCAAACCGGAAGUGACCGUGUUUUCGUUAGCCGCAUCAUGGCGGCGCAGGUUUGAGAGCACUUUCCUUUCAAUUUUUCUCGUAACGUCCAAUUACUAUCGUUACCGUCCGCUGGGGUUUUCGUAGCACAGUAGCAGGAGCUGGAGUUUGCCGAUAAAGUCCGAGCUUUCGGUCUGCUGUUGCUUGCUUUGGUACUCGGCUUGCUAAAGAGUUGGGAGAUGUGCUCCCAGACCAAAGCAGCGGCUGUCAUGGCUAACAUACAGCGGGCAGACAUCGACCCUUCUGGGGUUUUUAAAUACAUCGUGAUCCGGGUUUCAAGCCGAGAGGAAGGAGACGACUCGGAGAUAGAUAUAGUCCGAGGAUACGGCUGGGCUGAGUACCACGGUGAUAUCUACGAUAGGGUUUCCGCGGAGCUGGAGGACGGAGGCCUGCUGGACUGCGAGUGUCUCGGAGGAGGCAGGAUAAAACAUAAUCCAGACGCCAAGAAAAUCCAUGUGUACGGAUACUCCUUGGGCUUUGGAAGAGCAAACCAUGCAGAGACCACAGAGAAACUGAAGGAGAAGUACCCAGACUACGAGGUGACCUGGGAUAACGAAGGCUACUGAAGUAAAUAGCAUUAAACAUUCUGGACUGUCAUCCAGUUUCAACCUUUGAAACUCGGAUAGAUCAACUAUUCACUGCAUCAAGAAGGGACAACUAAUGCAUAAUUGUCAUUGUUGACUUGAUACAUCAGUGUUAAAUUUCAUUUAUUGUUUUUACAACCUCCUUCAGUUAAUAUUUAAAAUACUAGCUAAAUAUUAUCACAAUCGGUUUUUAAGUCCAGAUUAUGUGGAGGAAAAAAUUAAAUGUUGUACAGGAUGAACAUUAUGUUUCCUUGUGUUACUGAAAAAGAGUUGAACUCCUGUGGUAAAGGUAGUAAAUAAUUAAUAAAAUACAUCAUUUUUUAAUUUUGUUUAAAUUUGAUGGAAUGGUCCUUUGUUACAUUUUGUUUCCUGCAUUAUUUCAUAUUUCUGAUUAUAAAAAAAACCUUUCAAUUAAAUUUACUUUGGAUUUUGGUUCUUUUAAUGUGAAAAUGACUGAAAAAAUCACAACAUAUUUCUGUACUUUCUGUGCGUCAAACAUUCAAAUAAGAUGGCCAAUAAUAAAGAUGCACAACAGCAGAUAUACUGAAUAUGAGAUUUACAACGUUUCCAGUAAGAAUCUCAAAUUUGAGGCAGUUUUUCCUGUAUUUCAAAUUGGGAAAUCAGAUCAAGCAACUUUGAAAUACAGCAACAAAAGGUUCUGAGUUUCUGAAAAGGCCAUUCUGAAAUCCACUUCAUGAACAACUGCUUCUUGUUUUCAAAUAAUAAAGUCAAUAUAUUUAGUGGUUGACCAAAUAUUCAUAUUUUCACAUGUUUAUGCAACAAAAAAUUGUGACUUAGUGUCGAAAAUCUGUCCUGUUCUUUAACACUUGUUACCUACAGAAGCACAUCUCUGCCAAAAAAUAAAAAAUAAAAGCCCAACAA